AUGAUUGGUCAUCCAUUGACUGAAACAAUGAUUCUAAGACGUGCUCAGAAAGAUUGUCUAGAAAAAGUUAAACGGGUUAAUCUUUGGGGACUCAGAAUAUGCGACGCUUCCUUGCUCCAUCGAGUUCCAACACUCGAAGUCAUUUCUCUAAGUUCCAACAACAUAUCGAGCCUACAACCCUUCUCCGCCUGCGUUAAAUUAAAAGAGCUAUACCUCCGAAACAAUUCCAUUUUUGAUUUAAACGAAGUUCGUCACUUAAGUGGACUCUCUUUACUUCAUACACUUUUUCUCUUAGGAAAUCCUUGCUGCUAUCCUCCAGGUAAUCUUCCGAUCGAUUUUGAUCAAAUAUUUUGUUCAGAUAUUGAGAAGGUCGAUUUACUGGAGGAAACGUCUGGGCAUUACCGACCCACUGUAAUAAACUACAUUCCUUCGCUGAUUAGACUUGAUGUGAAAAUUAUAACUGAAGCGGAAAGACUUGCAUCCAGAGAGCUAAUCCCUGAACCCCCCUCGCCUGUUACGGUUGAACGUGCAAGCACUUCUCACGAAGACGCUGCUGAUAAGUCCCAACGACAAGUAGACAAUCAACGUGAAACGGCUGCCGAAAAGGACUCAGAACAGGCAUCAACACAACUUGCGACAAGUCAAUCGAAGAAUGGAUCUGCCGCGAAUGGAAUGAAUGAAAUUGAUGUUUUCCAAACCUUUGAUAAGAUACCGAACGCUGCAAAGCCUUCUAAUUGGACACGGGAAUCCAUUCGUCACACCAUUUCAAACCUCUCUCUGGUUCAUAAACAGACAUUGACAGAAAUACUUCACCUCUUGCCAAGGCUAAAUGACGAUGCUUUGGCUCUGCUGGCCAAUGAAAUUGCCAAUAGACGUCAUCGUCGUCUUCCCGACGGUUUAAUAACUCCUGCGUCACCAAAGAGUCCUUCCCCAUCGCCGUGA